GCCUCGGUGGUGACCUACUCGCAGCUGAAGAACAUGCUGUCAAACGGGAGCAUUCAGCUUUUUGACGUGAGAUCUCCUGAAGAAUACCAGGCGGGACACAUUUCACAGGCUGUCAACAUCCCACUGGGCAGCCUGGAGGAGUCCCUGCGUCUUUCCCCCGAGCGCUUUCAGCAGAAGUUUGAAGUGAAGGCGCCUGUGAAGGACGACGACGACAUCGUGUUUCAAUGCGCAAAGGGCAACAGGAGCUUAAAAGCGCUGGACAUCGCCCACCGGCUGGGAUUUAGCAGGGCAAGACAUUACAAAGGAGGCUACAGCGAGUGGGCCGAGAAAGAAGGAAAAUGAAUCCAGGCUGAAAUCUGCGCUGCGGUUUCUUUGUCUUUAUGAACACACGGCUGAUGCGACGCUACACAAUAUACAUAAAAGAUGUUACACUUGAGCAACCUCACUGGUACGGUGUCAUGUCAUAUCGACUGUUCUAAGUUGUUCCAUCCAUCCGUCAACUAGCUGCACCUGUUUUAUCCUGUAGAAGGUCAUUCACAUUCACACCUACGGUCAAUUCUGAAUCUCCAGUUAACCUGCAAUGCAUGUCAUUGGACUGUGGGAGGAGGCUGAAGUACAAGAUCUGUAAGUUCUGACUUUAAUUAACAUUUCCUGUUACUUUCUAAGUUACACACUGGGUUCAUAUCAACUGUUGCUUCUGGGUAAAUGCCACAAGUUUAAAAAUGAUUCUGCAUAAAGACAUAGAUUGUAGUACACACUGGUUAAUGUGAAAGCAAUUUAUUUUAAAUAAAAUCAAUUAAGAAAACA